UUCUUUUUAAAGUUCUAUUCGCUCGUGGCUUAUCUCCCUUGAGUUAGUUAAAACCGUUAACCGUUAAUGGGUUGAACAUAAACCAAAAACGAUGGACCUGAUGGUAACAAACAGAACCAAUUUCCCUGUUUCAUUCCUCUCAUCAACAGUUCUCCAAAUGCCCAUCCAUCAUUCCAAGAUCAAACCCAGUCACCAUCAGCAACCAAAUCUUUCUUCCCAUCACCAUGAACACACCAACCUGGAAGAGACCAAGCAAAUCCAUGCUCAACUGAUCAAAUCCCAUCUUGAUCCUAAUCAUCCCAUUCCUUUCGAAGCAUUUCUACCACACUUUACCACUGCUGCAAAAUUCAACUCCCUCAUCACUUCAUACAUCAAGAACAAUAGACCCAAAGAGGCAUUAAACAUCUAUGCUCACAUGCGAAAGAAUGAGGCUGAGGUUGGUAAUUUUACAAUUCCGUCUAUCCUCAAAGCAUGUGGUCAGCUCUCAUGGACCCAACAGGGGAAGGAAAUACAUGGUUUCAUCUUGAAGAGUGGGUUGGAUUGGGAUGUUUUCGUACAUAAUGCGUUGAUACAGAUGUACACCGAAUGUGCGAGUAUUGAGUCGGCAUGUAGGGUGUUCAAUAAAAUGACUGAAAGAGAUGUCGUCUCUUGGAGUACCAUGAUCAGAAGCUACAGUAAGAAUAAAUUUUAUAGUGAAGCUUUGGAUCUUAUUAGAGAAAUGCAUCUCUUGCAAGUGAAGCCCAGUGAGGUUGCCAUGAUAAACAUGGUAAACCUUUUUGCAGACAUAGCUUCAUUGAAGAUGGGGAGGACAAUGCACACUUAUGUUAUAAAGAACAGCAACUCUGAUUCAGUUAGCAUUCAUACAACCACUGCUUUAAUAGACAUGUAUGCCAAGUGUGGCAGUAUAUCUCAUGCACGGAGGCUUUUUAAUGGACUGGCUCAGAAAAGCAUUGUAUCAUGGACUGCCAUGAUUGCAGGAUACAUUCGCUCCGGCAACUUAGAACAGGGAAUGGAACUUUUUGUCCACAUGAAGGAAGAAGGUGUGCUUCCAAACGAGAUCACAAUGCUGAGUCUGGUUUUAGAGAGUGGAUCUGUGGGAGCUUUGGAUCUGGGCAAGCGAUUACAUGCUUACAUUCUCAGAAAUGGCUUUCAUGUAUCUGUUGCUUUGGCCACAGCUCUAGUUGACAUGUAUGGAAAGUGUGGUGAGAUAAGAAGUGCAAAAGCUCUCUUUGAUGGUAUGGGCAGGAGAGAUAUCAUGACAUGGACUGUCAUGAUCACUGCAUACUCACAAGCCAAAUGCCUUCAUCAGGCUUUGAAUCUCUUUCUUGAAAUGAGGAGCACAAGCAUCGAACCCAAUGAAGUAACCAUGGUUAAUCUCAUUUCACUCUGUGCAGAUGCAGGAGCCCUUGAUUUAGGCAAGUGGAUCCAUGCUUACAUAGACAAGCAAGGGAUCCAAUCAGAUGUCAUUUUAACAACAGCUUUGGUAGACAUGUAUGCAAAAUGUGGUGACAUAGAUGGGGCAUGGCGGCUGUUUAAUGCAUCUACUUGUAGAGACAUAUGCAUGUGGAAUGCCAUGAUGUGUGGUUUAGCCAUGCAUGGUUGUGGUGAGGAAGCUCUGGAACUCUUCUCUGAACUUGAGAGAACAGGAAUCAGCCCCAAUGACAUCACAUUCAUAGGAGUUCUGCAUGCCUGUAGUCAUGCUGGACUGGUGACACAGGGGAGGAAGCUCUUCUCUAGAAUGGUAACCAACUUCAGGCUGAUUCCUAAAGUUGAACACUAUGGAUGUAUGGUAGAUCUCCUCGGUCGAGCUGGACUUCUUGAGGAGGCACUCAAAAUUAUCAAUACCAUGCCUGUCAAGCCUAACACCAUUGUUUGGGGGGCCCUACUUGCUGCCUGCAAACUUCAUAAAAAUUCAAGAUUGGGGGAAUUGGCAGCAAGACAGCUUCUUGAGAUGGAACCUUAUAAUUGUGGUUACAAUGUACUGUUAUCAAACAUCUAUGCAGCUGCAAAUAGAUGGAGUGAUGUUGCUCUGGUGAGAAGAACCAUGAAACACACAGGAAUUAAGAAAGCACCAGGUGUCAGCUCCAUUGAAGUAAAUGGCACAGUUCACAAAUUCCUGAUGGGAGAUUGGACACAUCCACAGACUGAAGAGAUCCAUCAAAUGCUAGCAGAAAUGACGAAGAAGCUGAAACAGGUUGGUUACGUAGCUGAUACAUCAACUGUGCUGUUAAACAUAGAUGAAGAAGAAAAAGAAACUGCACUUUCAUUUCACAGUGAAAAACUGGCGAUUGCUUUUGGUCUCAUUAGUACAACUCCAUGCACUACCAUUCGGAUCAUGAAGAAUCUACGAGUGUGUGAAGAUUGCCAUGCUGCUACUAAGCAUCUCUCUAAGAUCUAUAGGAGAGUAAUAAUCGUCAGGGAUCGUAUUCGUUUCCACCACUUCAGUGAAGGAUCUUGUUCAUGUAGAGAUUACUGGUAGUAGUCAACUGUCAUCUGCAUCUAUAAAUUACGCAUUCUCCCACCCCGACU